UACAUCCUCGCCGGAAAAGUAACUCAUCUCUCUCUCAGACUCUCAGGUAGUGAGUCAACCAUUGCCAUGGACUUCUUCACUAGCAAGGUUAUGGAAGAGCUGUACGACUUGGUGAAGGACAAAUUCCAGCAGGAACUAAGAGCAGCGUUGGGUGUGGAGAAGGAGAUACAAAAUCUCUCAUCAAAGCUCAACAAAAUCAGACAGGUGAUGGAUGAUGCAGAGAGGAGAAGCUUCAAGGAAAAGCACAUCAAGCUCUGGCUCCAAGACAUCCAAGCCUUUUGCUACGACGUGGAAGAUGUUCUGGACGAGUGGCGCAUCACAACUCACAGACAACAGAUGGAGGAGUCCGAGGAUGGAGCUCCAGGGGGAAUUCGAAGAAAGAUAAGUAACUUUUUGUAUCACCCUAUCAAAAGGGUUGUUGACUUUGCUCAGCGUCCAGAGAUUCCAGAUAUCACCAACAAAAUAAAGGAACUUGAUUCAAGACUUGAUCAGAUCAUGAAGGACAAAGAUCUGUACAAUCUUGUUCCUGUAACAUACACACACAUUUCUGGUCAAGAAUCGAAGCGAGUGCCCACUACUUCGUUUGUGGAUGCGUCAGAGAUUCAAGGUCGGGAUAUUGAUGCCAGUGCUUUAAUAAGAGUGUUGGUGCGGAAUAAUAAUAAUAAUAAUGGUUCCCCUGUCGUCAUUUCCAUAGUGGGUGCGGGAGGGAUUGGAAAAACUACACUUGCUCAAUUAGUGUACGGGGAUGAACAGAUAGAGAGUCAUUUUGAUGAAAGGGUGUGGGUUUGUGUUUCACACCCUUUUGACCAGAUCAAGAUUGCAAAAGCCAUUGUUGAGUCAACCACUGGAAGCUCUGCAAAUCUGUCAGAACUGGAAGUGUUACUGAAAAAAAUCCAAAACACUUUAUCUCAGAAAAGAUUCCUACUUGUGUUGGAUGAUGUGUGGACAGAGGAGGAUGCAAAGUGGGCUCCAUUUAAGAACUGCCUCCUCAAUGUUGCACUCCCUGGGAGUAGAAUCUUGGUGACCUCAAGGAGUGAGAGAGUUGCAAAAAUGAUGGCAAGUGUGUAUGUGCAUCGGGUGAAGCUCAUAUCUGACUCAGAUGCUUGGUUGUUGCUUAGCAGGAUAGCAUUUUCCGGGAGAACGGAAGUGUUGGGAAAAAUCCCACACCUGUGACAAUCAAAAUCACAGACCCGACACGGUACACAAAUACGAGAUAAUACACAAUAGCCCAAAAAUAAAUAUGAACACAAGGAACACAAGAUUUACGUGGAAAACCCCAAAACCACGGGGAAAAACCACGGGCCACCAACAACAAAAUAUUCCACUAUAUCACAAAUCUUAGGUACAAAGUUUCAGGCUACCACACGAGCCAAACAUCUACAAAUCAUCUAAUACAACAACUCCUAGGCCAAAUACAUUCUUAUAAUAUUCACAGGCUAAAAGGAAUAAUAUCUCGUACUCAAAAUAUUCAAUUUCCAAGACUAGGAUAAAAAUGAAUAGAAAUAUUACGAGAUUAUCCAAAGAGAUGCCUGGAAUAAAUAAGCUGACCUCUCUAAAUAUUUGAUGAAGAAAAUACCCAAGAGCUAGGCAAACCCACGACAAAAUAGCACGGCAAAACUACACCAAAGAUGAAGGAGAAAAUAGUUUGUUCCUUCUACUGAUGAACCGCCGAACGCCAAAAGAAGAGGAAGAAGAAAGAUGAGUUUUUCUUCCUCUGCUGAACUGCCGAACUCACUGCCUCUCUAUGUUUCUCUCUACUGGCCGAAAAAAGAGAAGAAUGGGAAUAAUAUUUUUACACUUGCUGCUGCCCACUACUGCCGAAAAACAACAACAAAAACAAAA